CAUCUAGCAAACGCGUCCAGAAAGUUGCCCUCUGUCAACAACCUUCACUAGCUGUAGGCCUGUAUCAUUUUUGUUUUUGCGCACGAAAACGUGUCAAAAGACGACCGUAUAAACAACAAAAGUUCACACAAAGAAUCCCUUGUUAGAAUGUCUGCUCAAACUGGAGUCAAAGCGCCUGUCGCAGCCGUGAGGCCGCCGCAACAAAAACUCACUACGUUGAAUGCUUUCCUGUCUGGAGGUGUUGCUGCCUGUGGUGCUGUUUGUGUGACAAACCCUUUCGAGUUGAUUAAGACUCGUAUGCAGUUGCAAGGUCAGCUUACGAAGCUGACAGACGCCCAGCGCGUGUACAAAGGUGUUGGACAAUCCUUCGCGAUGAUUGCUCGUCACGAGGGUGUUCGUGGUCUUCAAAGAGGUCUGGGAACUGCUUUCGUGUACCAGGUCUGUCUGAAUGGAUGUCGUUUGGGUUUCUACGAUCCUAUUCGCAGCAGACUGAACCGCUGGAUCCUGAGGGACCCCAAGAAAAACAAUAUGAUCAUUAACAUGAUCAGUGGUGCCGGUUCUGGCUUUGCUGGUGCCCUGGUGGGAUCGCCGUUCUUCCUGAUCAAGACUCGUAUGCAGUCUUUCUCUCCCAAGUUCCCUGUUGGUGAGCAAUAUGGCUACAAGCACAUGGUCGAUGCCAUGAGACGCAUUGUCAAGGCCAACGGUGUUCGUGGUCUGUACGCCGGUGCUGAUGCUGCCAUUCUCCGUACCAUUUCCGGUUCUUCUGUGCAGCUGCCCAUCUACUUCUGGGCCAAGCGCAUCAUCGAGCGCUACAACCUGUUGUCUGAGGGUCCCAUCAAGCAUUUGACUGCCAGUGCCACCUCUGGUUUCGGUGUCUGCUGCGUUAUGCAGAUCUUCGACACUGUGAUGACUCGUAUGUACAACCAGAAGAACAAAGAGCUGUACAAGAACCCCAUCGACUGUAUUGUUAAGACCAUCCGUUCCGAAGGCUUCUUCGCUUUGUACAAGGGUUUCGGUGCCCAUUUGGCCCGUAUUGGUCCUCACACCGUUUUGACCUUGACUUUUGCCGAGCAAACCAACAAGAUUUUCCUGAAACUCCAAAACAGAUUUUCUGAUUAGGUUCCCGAGGUGCCGAUCCCCAUCAUCAUCUUUCCUUACUGUUCGUUCUCCGUUGCUUAAAAAAAAAACCAGAUGAUUUGGACGUGUUCUUUACAGCUGACAAAGACUUAAUUACCUCACACACUGUUCUGCGCCACGUCCCGUGUCUGAUUGUCUUCUUUUGGAUAUCUAAAAACCUCGUUCGUUCGUGGAUAUUGUCUUUGUUCUUACCCUUUUGAUUCUACCACCUCGUUUUUUGUUAUAGUUUGGAUACCUCUACAUAGAUUUUGUUGCU